AUGAUUGAUUUCGAAGUAUGCAACUCGACUACUUCUGCGAUUCGUGGCCGCCUUCCUGGGGAAUCGAGCUGUGGACCAGCUGGGAGUGUGCAUCGCCUUGGCAAUGUUCUCUCUGUUGAUAUUUCAAUUGAGGUUACACUAAGGGAAGGCAGUCGGCAUGGAACUACUAAGAUUAAACUGGAGCAGGUGCCACAGUUCCUCAUUAAUGCCUUCGAUUAUAUAAACUGUCAUGGAAUGGAUCAGGAAGGACUAUUUCGUCGGGAGGGCAACGCGAGCCGUCUCAAUCAGAACAACUGGGCCGUAUAUUUGGGUUCUGCUCCGAUCCCUCCUAAUUUCUCAGUGCAUGAUGUUUGUUCUAUGGUCAAGCGAUUUUUUCGUGAUCUCAAGGAACCUCUUUUGUCAGGAUCCGGUUUGCGAGCACGGCUAUUUGCGAUGGUUACCAAGAAUCAAAUUUCACCUGUAUCAAGACAGGAAUUCGCAGCAGUAUUUGAACCCAAAGUAGACACCUCUAAAAAGAACGUGACUUUUUACUUAUCUCGGGCACAUUUGGGGACGCUUGGAUAUCUGAUGAGGCAACUAUAUAGGAUAUCACACAAUUCCGCUAAGCAUCAAAUGACUUCUCACAAUUUGGCCACUGUGUUCGCUCCCACGCUGUUUCGAGAUGAGAUUCAGAAAGACAAAAUGAAGCGAAAAGAACGCAGAGGCUCACAGGACGAUAUUUUAAUUAGUGCUCGUGAAGAUACGCAGUUGCGAAUAGGUGUGGUGCAACUGUUGAUAGAGCACGCGAACUGGAUUGGAACUCAUCCGAACUGCUAUUUAACAAGUGGUCAUCCAAGAAGCAGUUCUGCAGCUCCCUCACCGAGACAGCCUCCCUUUCUAAAUGUGGCUAAUUUGAAAGAACCUCCCUUUGCCGAACGAAAAUAUUCUAUGAAAGAGCGAACACGCGAGGGAUUUAAGGUUUCUGGCGAGAGGCGGACAUCUUCAACUUUUCGGUUUAUUGCGGACCGACUUCGACCUAGGAGAAGUCCAAGUAAAGAUCGAGACAAGGUUACUGCUGCAAUUUACCGGCAAUCUACAAAUCGACGUGCAAGUUCACCGGCUAUAGUAGUUCCGAACGAACUGUGUGCUGAUAACAGAAUCGGGGGCGGACGAAAGACAUCGACUCGUUAUGUGCUCGAAUUCGCUGAUUCCUCACCUAAUCCUACGCAAACUAAAGAGAGUCACAUCUCUCGUUCUCGAGAUGCAUUACGCGCUUCUGGCACUCGCACUACUCGCACUCGCCAUCAUCAAUCUGAGUGCAAACCAAGUACACAACAGAGAUUGCCUGUGCAGUCGACAGCACAGAAAGGGUCAAAGGCAACUUCAUCCCACUCAGCUGGAAGGGUUUCGCGUCAUACGACUGAGCCUACCUUAGCAUCCUCCAUUGUCAGACGUGACUCUGGAAAGAAACGCCGCGAAUCUCCAUCUGCGAGAGCUAGCAAGGUUCUGAAAGACACUCCUGUAUCGCUUGUUAGUCAUGAACACUUUCUCUCUUCGUACGGAGAGGGACACGAGAGGUCUAGACGACGUCAUACAACACCUGUUAAAACAUGCACUGCUUUGAGGCGUAAUCAGCCGAACACCUUGCAUUCGGGGCUACACCAACCGAAACGGCGAGCUACAGUUGUCAACGCGAAUGAGCAAGAGAAAGAGAAUCGGGUCACCCAAGCAGAAGCUUCUGGGAGUGCAAGCAGCUCAUGUGAAGAACUCGUCGAGGACAAUAGCACAUUGCUUACAAAUUCUUCAGCAGAUCUCUUAGCGCAGAGAGGUCAGGAGUCGCGGCUGAGACGUGUUAAACGACAACAACGUAGGGAACUCUCAUCGAUUCUUCAGAAAUCAUUGUUGGAUUCAAGCCAAACUCCGGACUCCUCAAUUCUCGAAAAAGAUCAAAAAAGAGAAUGUCGUGUGAUGGUAUCCACGGGAUGCUCCCCUAUAGUGUUUCCAAGUGCUGGUGAAAUAAAGAAACAGCAGCAACUUCAUGGUUCAGCGGUAGUAGAUCUCAACACAACCCCUCCCGAACCUACGUCGAUGGUCUCUCCCCUCAAUGAUUACUAUCACUCUGUUGUGCAGUCUCCGUCAAGGACCGUUACCGUUGUAUCAGGGCAGAUUGCUCCCACAAGCUUCUCGGCGAAACAACUUGGAGACUGUGCUGACCCUUCUGGUCCGUGCGAAGAACAGUCAAAUGUAGUUUUCCGUAUUCCUUCUCAACCACCACAUCGUGAUGAAACUAUUUCCCGUUCACGCAUGGGGAAGCCUGAUAAUGUAGAAGUGGAGAAACCGCAGUUUUUAUCAUCAAUAUGUUCAUCAAAAACCUUGUUUCCUGUGCAGCCCCGAUCGAUCUUUAAGACAAGUGCGCUAGAUGGCAGCAAUAUCUACAACAACUCUUUUACGAGACAAUGUCAGAUUUCCUCGUCCGGGUGCCACAACUCAAGUGACGGUUUGAGCAGUGACGAUAUGUUUGCUGCUUCAAACGAAAUGAAGGCAGCAAUACUGAAUGCAACCUCUGAUCUUGAUAUUAGUGUUCAUAUGGAUCGCCAACUUCGAUGUCGUCCAUCGGUCGCGCUCAUUGAAAAGCAAGGUAUAGUACGAGAAAGAGUGAAUCAAUUCCGACGAUUGGGGAAUCUUCUGUCUGCGCCAUUGGAGCCAAUAAGCGGACGGAGUUCGGGAUUAUCGUCUCGGUCUUCCCUUGGUACUGGUUCCGCAGCGGGUGAUGAUGAUUUCGUGAAGCCUAGUGCGCCACCGUCGAUUAUCUUGGAUAUGCUUCGCACACACAGACAGCAAUGGCCGUUUCGUUUCCAUGGCUCCGAUUGUUGGCUGAUAGGCGGCCACGAACGUAUGCUUCGUCGCCUAUCGCGCAAAAGUUCAUCAGAAACCUCGAAUGUGCUUGGGAAGUUCCUCGAAUUCAUCGAUUCUCCAAUUUGGGCGUUGCCGGUUGCAAAUUUCAUAGAACAUCGUUCUGUAGUGUUCGAUCGACAGCAAGGCGACAUUUCUUUGUACGAAAGUAUCCACAAGGAGUUCAGAGAGUUAGUGGAUACACUUGUGGAGUGCUUCUGUGCUGAUUCGAAUAUCUCUCUAGAGCGUCUACGUGAAGAGCUGAAAUCUGCUAGAGUCGAAAAGCUAACGAUUCGCCAAAAGACAUGCCUCGAACCCAUAGCUGCAGCCGGAGAUUUCAACGUGUUCGUACCGAUGAUGAUGCGAAAAAACGUUGAGCUACAACUGCAAGCGUUGCAAAUGAUUGAGUUUAUGUGUGGUCUCAUACCAUCAGUGUUACAAAUCGAGGAUGGCGAGAGUUUCAAGAAUAAGACGAAGUUCAUCUCUCCGGAAGAGACGGAAAGAUACGUGCUCAUAGCAGUGAUGAGGCAAAGUAAAGAAGAAUUUGAUAGCCUCAGUAAGCGAGAACUUGAGGAGUUAGAGGAAGUGUUGCGAAGCAGCGAGCAGGAGAGAAAGCGUCUUGAAGAAGAGCGCAUUAAAGAGGAAGAGCUCAUCUCUAGGGCUAUGGCGAUCUCGGAGAAGGGGAAUGCAUCGGAACCCACAAAUAUUUCACCGAAAACGGGUGUCGAAGUCUCGAAACAAAUAGAUCCUUCGAAACAGGCUGAUAACAACGGGAGUUCAGAGGCAAAACAGAUCCAAGACUGUUCUAAAAGUGAUUCAAAAGUAGCAAGAGCACCGUCGGUCAGGAAAGAACGAAGGAACAGCGUCAACGAGAGACUUCCAACUGGCGGAACACCUACAUCUACUGAGAAAGAUCGCAAAGAAAACGUAGAAGAGAAGCAGUCGUCCGCAAAAUCGUCAACUGUAGCUGAUGCACGCGAUGGCCAAGACAGGCCUGCUUCGAAAAGAGCAGAUACUCGUCCACCUUCGGCAAAGAGAGCUGGUUCCCUGGUAGGUGAAAGAAGACCCUCACUGAAAAACGCAUCAGCUAAGGAAACGAAGCAGUCUAUCGAUGGAAGAAAGCGCACAGACGAAGGAGGCAAGGAAAAGAAAACUGCUUCCGUGGAAGAAGAUCCUGGUGUUCUCCAUGGACCCCGCGAGAAGAACCUAUACGAUGUUAAUUCCUGCGAUCGUUCGCAUUCAACGAAAAGUGAAAUCAAGUGGGAUGGAUGUGUGAUGCGUUUGAGUGACAUUUGUCGCACCAAAGCCGUGAGAGACUGGGUACCACGCGAUAUCAAAUCCGCUGCAGGAAGUCCCUCGACCCGAUGGUCAGACGCCUUCACAGAGUCCUUUGAAGCAAAUUGCGAUGCUCUUCGUUUCCUCCCGAGAAGAGAAGUCAUGGAACAACCGGUGUGGGCGAUGUGA